UUGUGCAUUCGUGAAAAAUGUUUGCGCUUAAGCUGUGUGUGCUGCUUUCGCUCAUAUCCUUGCUGCAAGGCGCGCGCAUUUUGGCUAUAUUUCCAUAUCCAGGACCUUCGCAGUAUAUUAAUGUUGUAUCCUAUCUCAAAGCGUUAGCAGCGCGUGGGCAUCAAGUUACUUCAGUCAAUGCAUUUCCACAAAAGCAGCCAGUUGCAAAUUUUAGCGACAUACCAGUGCUGGAAGUAUUCAAUUCAUAUGAAGAGAUUAUACAAGAUUUGGAAACGCCACGCAGCAGCUGGCAGGAGAACAACUUUAUUAACGAUUUCUUUAUGAAUAUAACCAAACUUGUGCUGCAGAAUGCAAAUGUGCAACGCGAGUUGCUACCAGUGGGCAAAGCGCAAUUCGAUUUGAUUAUAGUUGAAGCUUUACGCAUUGAUGCGCUUUAUGGCUUUGCAGCGCAUUUUAAUGCGCCCAUCAUUGGUCUCUCCACCUUUGGCACUGAUUGGAACAUUGAUGAGCUGGUGGGCAAUACAUCGCCGCUGUCGUAUACUCCUUUAGUAACAGCUGGGCUAAGCGAUCGCAUGACUUUCAGCGAGCGUGUGCACAACUUUGUGGAAACAACCAUCGCCUGGCUCAACUGGCAGCUGCUGUAUGUGCCGCAGCAGCAGCAGCUCUAUGCGCAGUACUUUCCACAUGUCGCGCAGCAGGCGCCGCUGCAGCAGCUGUGCAAAAACUUUUCGCUGGUGCUGCUCAAUCAGCAUUUCUCGCUUAGCUUUGCGCGUCCGUAUGUGCCCAAUAUGAUUGAAGUGGGUGGACUGCAUAUUGCGCAUACGCCCACAGCACUGCCGCAGCAUAUGGAGCAGUUUAUUGCAGGCGCUGGUGAAGCGGGUGUUAUUUAUUUUUCGCUGGGCAGCAAUAUCAAAAGCAAGGACUUGCCGCCAGCGCGUCGCGAGCUUAUUUUAAACACAUUUGCCAGCUUGCCGCAGCGUGUGCUUUGGAAAUUUGAAGACGAUCAGCUGCCCAAUAAGCCUGCCAAUGUUUUAAUCAGCAAAUGGUUUCCCCAGCCCGACAUCUUAGCUCAUGCAAAUGUCAAGCUGUUUAUAACACACGGCGGUCUGCUGAGCACCAUUGAGAGCAUACAUCAUGGCAAACCGCUGCUGGGGCUGCCUUUCUUCUACGAUCAGUUUCUGAAUGUGGAGCGUGCCAAGCGUGCGGGCUUUGGUUUGGGCCUUGAACACGCCACCAUGACCGCUGAGCACACCAGCGCCGUAUUGCGAAGCAUUUCAUCAAAGCGCUGCUUGUUGUGUGGAAAGUACUGCUCAUACAGCUGCUGCUGCUGUGGCAAGUAG